UUGUCCAACACUGGCCUGCUACCGUCAAAGCGCGUAGAAGAAUUGCGGGCUGUAACUGCAUUUUAUUAUUUUAUUGAUAGUGCUACUGGCAAAAACAAUCACUUGCUAAUCCGCCGCAGUCGUUUGCCAAAUUGCAGCGAUGCCAUUUCGCCAACCGUAAAGUGUGUACAAAUCCGCAAACUGCGUCGUUAUUGAUGUGUGGGUGCAGAAAUAAAUGCAAAUUGUUGUAAAAUGCUGUGCACUGGUGUGCGUGUUGAUGUUGAUAAGUGCAAUACGCAAAAGUAAGAACAUUGAGGCAAAUAUACGUAUAAUCCGGGGUAAUACGUAUAAUUCCAGAGAUUCCAUAACCUAGUCGUGGCAUUUGAAUCAUUGCCGAAGUGCGCACCCAAAAUGGACAACGAGCAGCCGCAUCAAGAGUUGGUGAAGUGCGUCCUAGUGGGGGACACGGCGGUGGGCAAAACGCGACUGAUCUGCGCAAGAGCCUGCAACAAACACGUCUCCCUGUCCCAGCUACUUUCCACACAUGUGCCGACCGUCUGGGCCAUCGAUCAGUACCGCAUAUAUAAGGAUGUACUCGAGCGAUCGUGGGAGGUGGUGGAUGGAGUCAAUGUCUCACUCCGCCUUUGGGACACAUUUGGGGACCACGACAAGGAUCGCCGUUUUGCCUAUGGCAGAUCCGAUGUGGUGUUGCUAUGCUUUUCCAUUGCCAGUCCGAUUUCCCUGCGCAACUGCAAGAUGAUGUGGUAUCCGGAAAUUCGCCGCUUUUGUCCGGAUGUGCCCGUCAUUCUAGUGGGCUGCAAGAACGACCUGCGCUAUAUGUACCGCGACGAGAACUAUCUUUCGUAUUUUGGCGAGAAGGGAACCUUUGUACGAGCCGCUUUGAAGAGUGACCUGGUUAUGCCGGAUGAGGCACGUGCCGUGGCCAAGGAGCUGGGGGUGGCCUACUACGAGACCAGCGUCUUUACCUACUUCGGGGUGAAUGAGGUCUUUGAAAAUGCUAUCCGAUCCGCGUUGAUUGCGCGCCGACAGCAGCGCUUCUGGAUGACGAACCUGAAGAAGGUACAGAAGCCGCUGUUGCAAGCGCCGUUUCGGCCACCAAAGCCGCCACCACCGGAGGUCACCGUCAUGGUCGGUCACUACAGGCAGGACAUCUACAACAUGUUCCUGUCGCAGGCCUACACCGACCUCGUCCUGGUCGGGGCGGGUGGCACCAAGUUCGCCGUGCACAGAUUCAUGUUGGCCGCUGCGUCCAGCAUCUUCCAGCGCCUGCUGAGCACGGAGUUGACUGACAUGGGCGGGCGGAGCAGCAGCGAAUCUAGUAUGGUCAGCUCCACGUUCGGCGAAGCCACCAUAGCGGAUUUCAACGACGACACUGAAUCGCUCAUCCGGUACGAAUCACGCACACAACGCAUGUGGGAACACUUGAAGCGGCGAUCCAGCUAUCAGGCGUUACCUUUAAUGGAGUCCAAGCGGUCCAACGAUCUGUACAGGGAGCUGCAUCACCCGGUUCUGCAGAGCAUUCGCCUGGUGCACGUCGAGAACCAGAGGGGUGUGAACGGGCUGCAGACGAUUGUCACACUCAGCAAACUCAUCUCCCCGCAAGCUUUGCACCAGUGCCUGAGAUUUAUUUACACUGGUACCAUUGACAAGGAUUGCAAUAAUCUGCAGGAAAUUAGAGAAGCUGCCGAUCUGUUAGAACUGCCGCAACUAACUCAGCUACUUUCCAGGCCUCAAACAGUUAUGGAGAACUCCAGCGAUGAACCAAACCCGCACAUAUGUCUUCGCAUCAAAGAAAGCAUGGAAAGGCACUGCAUUGGUGACGGAUGUUUCAGCGAUGUCACCUUCGAACUGGACGACGGCUUAAUGAAGGCACACCGCGCUGUGUUAGUUGGUCGUUGUGAUGUCAUGCGCGCAAUGUUGUUAGGUGACUUUCGCGAGGCGCAUUCCAAUGUGAUCGUAUUCCCAGGCGUUACAAUUUACACAUUCCACAAGCUGCUGUGCUACCUGUAUACUGACCAGAUUCCGCCAAUCUCGGCCGUCAAGUGCCUCAACCUCCUGGAGCUGGCCAACCGACUCUGCCUGCCGCGGCUGCUAAACCUGGUUGAGUGUCGCGUUAUCGAAGAUCUCACUCUGAUUUCCCAGAACGAAACCAAUGAAACGGUGGAUCACUGUCUAAAGUUGCUGGAGCCAGUAAAGCUGCACAACGCACAUCAGUUGGCCGAGUGGUGCAUGUCGUACCUGUGCGUCAAUUACAACCUUAUUUGUAAGUUCUCACUAAAGGGUCUGAAGGCGCUGCAUCAGGAUAAUCAGGAGUAUUUGCGGGAGCACCGCUGGCCUCCAGUCUGGUAUCUGAAGGACUACGACUACUAUCAGCGCUGCCUGAACGAGUUGAACAAGGAGUUGAAGCUGAAGACCUCGAGGCGAGAGUCUCCAAGCGAUGACGAGGGUUGUCUGUGCUUCACGGGUGUAUUCUCUUGCUGGCUGUUAGGUAAAUCGAAGCGCAGCGGAGAUGUGAGUGGAACCGCGGAGAACAGCAAUGCCGAUAAUCAGAUCUUCAACAGUGCUGGCAAUUCAAUCAACCACAUCGAUCUGGAGGCGGACAUGGACCUGAAUCUCUGACACCCGGCCCUCGGGCAAGGAAGAUCACUGCGCUUCAUUGUGAUCCUGCCGGUCCUGAUCUGUUUCAUCUGUACGAUUUUAAGUAUUUUGAUACUUUUCCAAAUCCACACAUAACAAACCUCAAGUACACACGAUUCGACGUGGGCGGGAAUGGAUGGGGAGUGGCGCGUCUGCUUUUGACAUUACGCAAUAUAUAGAGCGCAAAUUUGCCUUAGUGAUUACUAAUACAUAAGCCCAACAUAGCUCGACCCAGAAGAAUGGAGCAUACUGCAAAGUGCUUCGGAUUUCUUAUAUUUAUACGCCUAUAUAUAAUGCAAAGCAUAGACGAGUAUGUAUGCACAUGCACCUCGGCGAUGCGAAGCAUUUCGCUGUAUUGCCUUACGAUAUAUCGGUGUACACUCAACCUGUUCUGCACGAUUCCAAGGACGCAGACAUGUGUAUAUCCUUAUAUUUGUACCUUUACCUAAGACAUGUAUGUAUGUAUAUUUUUGAAUUCCUACUUACGGAAACAUUUGUCUAGCCAUAGCCCUAAGCAAUACUUUAUGAUAAGGACGCAUUUUGUACAGAAUGAUAGAAUAAAGCAAUUACGAACAAA